UCGGUCCCCGAGUUCCCGACUUUCUUCCGCCCGCGCCCUUUUUCAAGGUUUACCCCGUCGACUUUUUCGACAAUUCCAGAAUCUGUCUGAACCCUUCGAAUACGUAAAAAGUCUGCGUCCUACUCGACUGUCUGUCCAGCUUGCUGUCUCAACAACUCGUUUUCUUAUUGCUUGCCCGGUCUCUUCCAGUCCUUGUUGUCUCCGUCGUCGUCGUUUUUCUCCGUUUUCUCUUGUCCCGACCAGUGCAUCUUUGGACUCUCGCGAGUGCCGAGGAUGCAGCUGGACUUGUUGCUGUGUAAACGAUGAUGAGUCACCAGCCGCCCACUCAGACUUACAGCGCAGGGGAGCGAGGGCCUCAGCACGGCUCUGGCGCCUCAAGAGGUUCGCAUUCUCGAGACCUCGACUGGGAUUCUUUGGGAGGCAAGCGGCGCGUCACAGGCGCCCCGCCCGGGAACGCGUGUGCCUCGGCAGUUCCGUUGAGUCCGGCUCCAGAGGUCGCGCGCGAAGAGCCUGCGCCGUCUCCUCCGAUCAUGUACCAUCAUGUGGCUUCUCAAGGCGUCGGGACGAACGGCGGGGUGUACGCGCCCGUGUACGCGAACACCUACUACGCCCCCGGCGCAGGCCUCGUCGGCGGCGCGUACCCAGGCUACCCCCAAGGCUCCGCGCCCAACUACCAGCAAAACAAAUUCUACAACUCGGUGAAGAACGGCGCCUUCGGGCCGAGCGCCGGCAGCGGAGGCGGAGGCGGGGGAGGAGGAGGAGGCGCAGGUCUCGUGGGCCAUGCCCCGCCGCCGCCAGGCGGAGGUCCCGGAGCCUCGGCCGCGAGCCCCCAGCACCAUGCGGAGCGCAAGAACUUCCAGCGACGCAACGAAGGACGCCACGAAGGACGAAGCCGCGGGCGCGACAACGCGAACGCGGUCUUUUUCCCUCCGCCAGUGGACGGAAACUGUGCGCGCCAGGGGGGGCGGCGACAGGAGGGUGGAGCUUUUCGAGCGGGAGGAAGUCGGAACGGCGCGCGGCGCGAGCGGGGAGAGCGAAGCCGCGAGCAGGGGGGGACGAACGGAUCGUCUGGAGACGAAGGCGGACGCGAAGAGAAUGGGAAUGGAGGGUGUUCGCCGCUCGAGGCCCGCGUCGUGAGUGCUCCGGAGGAAGAACGAGACGGACGCCUGCAGGCUGCAGACACGCCUGUGGCGGCUGAGAAGAGAGAAGAGAAGAGAGAAGAAAGGAGAGAAGAAAGACGAGAAGAAAAGAAAGAAGAAAAAAGAGAAGAGAUGCGGACGCGCUCGGCGCGCGUAGAGCCGAAGAAGGAGCGCGACGACGGAUGGGAUGAUGAUGGUUUUGGAGGCGGUGUGUCGAUGGUGGACAUCAACGAAAUUCGAACGAAACAUGCACAACUUGCCAGCAAAACUCCCCCGCUGGCGACAGCCACUCAGGGCGGCGCGCAUUCCCGCGCUGCCUCCGCUGCCUCACUCCCGGCCCUCGAGCCGAGCCUCAGUCAACCGUUCGGAAAGAAGGAAGAGAAGAAAGAAGAGAAGAAAGAAGAGAAGAAAGAAGAGAAGAAAGAAGAGAAGAAAGAGGAAAAGAGGGAGGAAAAGAGGGAGGACCGGGCACAGUUUGCCGGCCUGCCUGCGAUGCCUCAGAGCAUGUCGCCGCAGAGCCAGGAAGGUGACGCCGCGAAGAAGGAGGAGAAGAAGGAGGAAGAGAAGAAGGAGGGCUCCGGUGUCUCGACACUCAAGGUGGGGGGCGGGGCGUGGCGGCCGCGGAGCCAGCGCCAGUUUACGCGAGAAGAAGAGCUGGACCGCACAGUGAAGGCACUGCUGAAUAAAUUGACAAUCGAGAAAUUCGACACCAUCACCGAGAAGCUCGCUCGGACUGUCGAGGGAUUGAAGGAACACAAAGAGCUGCAACUUGUCGUGAACGUCGUCAUGGAGAAGGCGGUGACGGAACCAGACUGGUCAGAGAUGUACGCCGACCUCUGCCAGGUCCUGCAGUGGCGCAGCGUUCCGACAGAAGGAACAGACAUUGAGAACUUUCGCAAGACGCCCUUUAUGAAGGCUCUGCUCACGAAAAUCCAGGCAGAGUACGAGGCCAUGCCCAGGAGUCUCGAGUCUCGGCUGCGGAGCCUCCCGUCCGGCGAACUGGAUCCAGAGGCCAUCGAGGAGAUGCAGCAGCUGAAGAGGACGAAGAAUCGAAUUCUGGGUGUCGUGAAGUUGAUUGGUGAACUGUUUCAGAGAAAGAUUCUAGGCUUUCCGAUUGUUCGAGACGUCGUCGUCGACCUCGUUAUAAAAAACGAGGAACCUGACGAGCACUUCAUCGAAUGCUUCGUGCAACUCAUCGCCACCACUGGUUAUUACAUCGACCAAAAUCCGAAGGUGAAGGCUGUCCUGGACUCGUGGUUCGGGCGGCUGACGGAGCUACAGAAGAAGCCUUGCUACUCGAAACGUCUCAAGUGCAUUAUUCAGGACACUCUGGACAUGCGCAAAGCAGAGUGGAGAAAGAAAAUUCACAAGGAGAGAGCGAAGGCACUCAGCGACCUUCGCGAGCAGCUGGAAACUGAGGAGGUGUUGGGAGGCUCGGUACAUGCCGCGCAGUACGGCAACAUCGUCGUUGUGGGCCAGCGCUCGAACCUGAAUGGAGCGUACGCGGGAUAUCUGAAAGAGCAGCAAGAGACCUUCGAUAGGAAAGUCGCGAAACUCCGACCACCCGCAGGAGCUCCCCCCGUAGGCCCGGGCGCGUCUUCCGGGGCGAACCCAGUGAGGCGAUGACUUGCGAGAGAAAACCUGGAGAAAAGGAGAGGCGGAGAAAACCUGGAGAAAAGGAGAGGCGGAGUGUGUUCUCGACCGAGAAGAAGCACUCGGCGGGCCGACGACUUCAUGUUGAACGAGGAGCGGAGACCGAGAAGCUGAAGAAAGAAGAGCAGACGGAGGCGACGAGCUUCCGGGGAAGAGCUGAGGG